AUGGACAUCGUGAGACCUUCACUCUCGGUUACGAGCUCCUUUCGAGGACUUGUUACUUUGAUGUUACAAAAAGUGAACAACUGCAUCGGAAGCCCGGAGGUUAAAAUUAUUAUUAACUGCAUGACACUAUUACCCAGCUGCAACCGGGCUGGCGGGUGGGCGUCAGAGCUUGAGCACCACAGCGCUACCAGCCGUCUCGUUAUUGGCCGUUUCCAGCGGGCAUCCCACUACCGCCCACUAAUACCUACCUGUAGGAGGUACCUCUUAGUAGGUGCCUACCUGAAGUCUACCAGGUAUUGUGCACUGUCUGCUGCCGCAAUACCUCUGGCGCUGCAUCGUCCAUCCAUAGCUCUGCCACUCCAGCCUGCCGAAAUCAUGUACUUUGAGCUAUUCCGACUACACACAGCCUCUCAACUCUCCGGCUACUUCAACUCCAACUUUUGGACACAGCGAGUCCUGCAAGAAUGCCACAACGAAAGCGCUGUUCGUCACUCCGUCGUUGCCCUCGGCGCCUUAUACAAGACUCUGGAGCUAUCCUUUGAGGCUCCAUACGAUGUUGAUUUGCAGUACCACAGUAAUUUCAUCAUGGCCCACUGGCAGGUCGCCGUCAAACAAUACUCCGAAGCUUGCAACGCCGUCUUGUCCAUCAAAGGCGACACUGUCUACAGCCACAAUACACGUUUAGUUGCCAUCAUACUCCUAGCAUGCUUUGAUUCCUUUAUAGGUGAUCACAAGCAAGCAAUCAUCCAAAUUCAAACGGGCCUCGGCAUCUUGGGGCAGUUACAAGGACGUCGUUCAACAAAUCUUCUGACAGCCUUAGAUGACACCCCAGACGAACUGGUCACCCUCUUCGGUCGUCUCGCCAUCCAAGCAAAGUCGUAUGACCUUGCUUUCCACUUCCCUCAACCCUAUGUCAUCAAGCUGGGUUCCACAACAGAGCACCCCGACUCUCCGCGGUCUGGCAGAAGCUCGCCCUCGGUCAUUGGCAGCCCCCCAAGGGAGGGCGUCUUUGAGACGUUAGCCGAGGCGCGAUUAGCCUCUGAUAAACUGUGCAUGGCGCUGAUGAUGUUUGUCGAGCAGCUACAUGCCGCCAAAACAAACCCGAGCUACGUUCUCCCGGCGGCCUGGAAAGUAUACGGCAUGGGUCUAAAAGAUCGUCUGACAGCUUGGUCUGAUGCGUUCGAACCCAUCCUGAUGUCACGUUACAACCCAGAUAUGCCAUACAUUGAAAGGGCGGGCAUUGCUGCGCUCAAAAUGUCGCAGAUCAACACAAACGUCAUCUUCCUCAUGCUAUUUUGCGACAAUGAAAUGCAGUUUGAUUCCUUCAAUCCUCACUUUAAAAUGAUUGUCGAUCUCGGGUGGGAAGUCGUCGGCGCCGACGAGUGCAGGUUCGCCGCCGAGUUUUCCGCACAAACGCCCGGCCAGCCGCAGUACGCCCACGGCACACGCGGCGCCUUCAAAGCGGGAAAGUACGGCGCAGGCCGCCUGAAGCCCAGCUUUUCGGCCGAGUUGGGCAUCGUGCCACCGCUAUUUGUCGUAGCGACCAAGUGCCGCGACCCCUGGCUGCGACGUCAGGCAAUCCAGCUGCUCAAGAGCAGCGCCCGCCGCGAGGGCAUGUGGGACAGCGAGCUCACCUCCAACAUCGCCACCUGGGUCAUGCAGCUCGAGGAGCAGGGCGUCCCUGGUGGCGGUGCCGCCGGUGUUCCGCCCGCGCUUGACCCGCGCAACCCCAUGGCCGGCUACACGGACGCCCAAGGCGUCGUGCAGCGCACCAUUCCCGACGAUCGCCGCAUCAUGCUCAAGGCUGCAGAUUUUGAUCUCCGCUCGCGCUAUGCAGACAUUAUCGUCGGCACACGCGCCGUAUACAAUGGAAGUCUGGAUGUGCGCCUUCAGAGGACGCGCAUCACCUGGUAG